AUGCCGGGCGCGCCGCUCCCUCUCCGGCCGGAGCUCGUCGCGGUCCCUCCUCGACCCGGCGCCGCCCGCUGCAGGGCGCCUCUGCUCCGGCCUCGUGCAUGGUUGUCGACGUCCCAGAUCGCCAGCUCCGCCUUCACCCUGGGCACCGUCACCGUGCUCCCCCUCUACACGCUCAUGAUCGCUGCCCCCAACGCCAACAUCACUAAGCGCACAGUGGGGAGCACCGCCCCCUACGUGACCCUCGGCUUCCUCUACGCCUACCUGCUCCACCUCUCCUGGACACCCGACACCAUCCGCGCCAUGUUUGCCAGUAAGUACUAGCUCCCGUAGUUGCCUGGCAUUGUGAGGAUGUUUGCGAGCAAGAUGACCGUCGCCUCCGCCUGGAUCCACCUCCUUGCCGUCGACCUCUUAGCCGCAAGACAGGUGUACCAUGAUGGCAUCAAGAACAACAUCGAGACCAGGCAUUCGGUUGCCAUGUGCCUGCUCUUCCGCCCCAUCGGGAUAGCCACUCACGCGCUCACUAAGGUACUGGCGGGUUCGACAGGUCGAUCGCACUGA